UCUAUUUUUGGGCGCGAAUUGUGGAUUCAAUAUCUCACAAUACAGUUACUAAACUUCAGGGAGAGAGGCGCACACACACAGUUUUCUCAUGAUACAAGCACUCUCCUCUACCCAUCAAUCUCACGGUGGCUGAGGCCAGAGCGAUAGCGAGAGCCAAAGGGAGAGAGAGAUUUUUCUCAAUCGGAAAACUAAAAAUCAUGGCUCAAGCACAGCCCCAGCGCAAGAUUGAAGAAGAAGAAAUCUCCCGCCGCGACAUGGAUUUGAAAGAAACUAUCAAAUCCAAACCAUCUGAGAAUGUUAGUAGUAGCAGCAGUACUAGUUCUUCUUUCAAAUUCAAUGUUCAGGCGCCUGAAUUCGUUCCAAGAUUGCAAACUUCGACCACCGCCGCUCAGACCCAGAUGCCGGUUUCUGGUUAUUUCUAUCCUUGCUUUCAUUAUCUUGGAGCUACUGCUGGAUCUGACUGGCUUUUUCUUGGGGAACAAGACCCUCAUGCCUAUUUGAUCUCUAAUCCAAAUCUUGCUUUGCCUAAUUCCUCGAAUAAGACUACUCUUCUUACUGAUGAUCUUCGCCAAAAGAUCCUCAAACAGGUAGAGUAUCAGUUCAGUGACCUAAGCCUUCUUGCCAAUGAAUCCAUGUCAAAACACAUAAGCAAAGAUCCUGAAGGUUAUGUACCUAUAUCUGUGAUUGCUUCCACAAAGAAAAUGAAGUCCCUUGUUAAUAAUAACCAUUUGCUUGCCCAAGCACUUCAGUCCUCUUCAAAACUUGUUGUCAGUGAAGAUGGCAAGAGAGUUAAACGUAAAAUCCCUUUUACUGAGAAAGACAGAGAAGAAUUGCAGUCUCGUACUGUUGUGGUGGAGAAUUUGCCUGAAGAUCACUCUCAUCAAAACCUUGAGAAAAUAUUUAGUGUGGUUGGAAGUGUAAGAACCAUCAGGAUAUGUCAUCCUCAAGAAUCUAAUUCUUCCCGUGGUAAAAGUGAUUUCUUCAUGACCAACAAGCUACAUGCACUUGUGGAGUUUGAGAAUCUAGAUACAGCAGAGAAAGCGGUUGAGAAGUUGAAUGAUGAAAGGAAUUGGAGGAAAGGCCUUCGAGUUAGGGUGCUGCUCAGAUGCUCGCCAAAAUCUGUUCUCAAGAGCAGAAAGUCUGACUUUGACGUCCUGUUGGAUGAAGAAGACUUUCCGGUUCCUGAGUCAAAUGAAGAUUCUUCUCAGAUACAAAAUGCAGAAUCUGUCCCUGAGAGUAAUGUGGAAGAAAAUUCAGGGGCAUCGAAGAAGGGAUGGGCAAGAGGUCGUGGCAAGGGCAAAGGACGUGGUCAAAGCCAUGGUGGCCGAGGGCUGCUAGCCCCGUUUCCACCGUCUGUUAGCUCUCCCCACUGUGAAGCAUCUCCUAGGUAUACCUCCAGGGGUCCAAGAAUGCCUGAUGGGACUAGGGGUUUCACCAUGGGUCGUGGGAAGCCACUAGGAAGUCCAGCUCUGGCCAGUCCAAUAGUGGAAUAAAUGGGUAUUUUUGUUUUCAAUCAAUUAGUUACUAAGUGGCUUAGUUACUAGUAAGCUGCUCUACAUUUUAUACAAUUAGAGAAGCAAGAAUUGGUUAUGGAGCCAAUAUUGUUUGGCCUAUUAUAUGAUUUUAGGCAUUGUGGAUGUUUCUUAAUAAUCUGAGGUGUAAAGUAUGGUUUGUCUUGUGACAACUGCUUUAGGCAUUGCAAUAUUCUCAUUGCAUGACAUUUUUGGGUGGUAUAUCGUUCUGGGUUGGAUUCCCUUUUUAUUGUAUAAACACUUUGAAUAAUGAAUUUGAGAAAUACAUCUCU